AAAAAAUAUUUUUGUGUGUAAGUAGACCGGGAUUUAUUGUGUCGGGGAUUAUUAAAUUUAAUUAUAUCCUGGACGAAAAGAAAAAGAGAGAAAAAGGAGAAUAAUUAAAUAUUAAGUGAAGAGAUAAUAAAAAAGUGUCAGAUCACAAACGAGACAAUUUAAUGAAUGUCACAAUUCAGUACAAGAGCAUGAAAUUAAUCGUCAACAGAAUUAAAACAACAGAAUUAUAGGGACCUAACACAAACAAUAUGGGACCUAUAAUCAGGAUGUCAUCCUCUGGUACGCACGGCACGGGCGGUGUCGGUUGCUGCUGCUUUAGAUGUUGCACGUGCAUACACGUGGAGUUCUUUAAAUCAUUACCAGGAAUCAUAAAAGUUUGUGAAACGGUAAUUAGCGGAUUAAUUCAGAGUUUGCUUAUAAACUAUGGCUUGGGCUACAGUUCAUCUAUUGGCUCGGCUUUCGAAGGAUCGUUGACCACGGCAUCCGCUUGCUUCCUGAUUUCCGCUCUGUUACUCGCUUGCUAUGCAAUUUCUGAAAAAUCUUACAAUUUGAUCCCGUAUUAUAUGAGUCCCGGCUUCGACGUUUAUCCUGCUAUGACAGCCGCUUAUAUCCUAAGUGGCGUCGUGGGAUUAUUACAUGGAGCAGAUGCUUAUUUGUCUUAUGUGCAUUACAAAACUGGAAGAUGAAUUAUGAUAAUUACAGGAAUAUUAACUGUAUAUAAUUUUGCAAUGAGAUGUGGCAAUUAUGUAAUUGUCUAUACUGUUAGUAAUGUUAAUUCUGGAGCACGAAUCUCUUCGAAAAGGAUUGAAUGUUAAAU